CUUUUAGAAUCAAAAUGUCUUUCGGCUGUUGAGAGUUACAGCCCGGUCGACCUAGCUCCAGAGAUCCAGUACUUCACCUUAGAUGUGAUCCCAGAUAUUGCUUUCAGAAAACCAUUCGGAAGUCAUCGGGCUGAUCGAGAUGUUCUCCUCCUACGUCCGAACAGUCCAGGAAGUUGUCCCUCUGGUGAUUUUCCUUGCUACGGUUUCCUAGAUUAUGUCAAGUCUUUUUCUCGGGCAUUUCCAAAGCGAUUUUGCCCGAAGUACACAGAUAAAGUUGGUGUGGGUAAGUUGAUGGGGUCAUGCAAGGAAGCAGUUGCUGAACCCCUCGGACCCAGCAAGAAGACCCGACGCAACACGUCGGGCUCAUUUAUUCGCCACGGUCUCACACAACCCGAAGCAGAAGCAGAAGCCCUUCUGCAAAUUUUCGCAGGCGCCGAAACUUCCGCAGCGGCAGUCUGUGCCGCUCUCCUUUACAUCUUCACAAACCCACACAUCUAUAACACCUUCUUUGCUGAGCUCUCCAGCUCCAUAAUCUCACACCCUAUCACCAACGAAGAGGCACGGAAACUGUCCUACCUGCAAGCAGCUAUCAAGGAAGGACGCGAAGGUGUUUAG